UCUAAUUAUAACGAAUUAAAAUGGCGUCGAUUCAGGGAAACAACGGCGAUAGAAGAAACCCAAAUAGGAAACUUGGUGGAAUUUCUGAUGCCCUCGCUAUGGCUUCCGACCUUGGAUACUCUCGAUAUCGCCCUAGGCAAUCUCCUGAAGACUUGCAGAAUGGUGAUGACCUUGUAAGAUUAUUGCGAGAUCUUUCGACGGUACAUAGAAAAGUCUCAGAACUGCAUGUGGAACUUCAAGGUCGGAAGGAAGAUAUGAAAGUUGGGCAUUUGACACAUGUUAGUGAAAUGGAAAAGAAGAUAGAGACAUUAGCAAGGAUCGCUACUAUAUUGAAGGGUUUCCUUCAGAGAAAGGAUCGUGUUAUAGCACGUCUUCAACAGCCAUUUCCAGUAGAAUUUAUUCCUGUGGAAGCAGAAUAUCAGAAAGAAUUCUCAGAACUACUAAUGAGUGCUGCCAGCGAUUAUGGCACUCUUACAGCGUCUGUUUCUGAUCUCCACUGGACUCAAAACUUUAAGGAACCACCAUCUGUAUGGGGGGAGAUGCUUCGUCCACUCCCAGUGGCAUUGGUGUCAUGUAGCAGAUAUUUUGAAGCAAUGUCAGCCAUGAGGGAAUCUUUCCUAAACCUUCAAAAGUCGAGGUUGGGUCCUUCUCGUUCACCCAGCAAAGAUCUAUCUCAAAGAACAUCACCAGCAGGUUCUGAAUGUGUAACUCCACGCUCAUCAGGAAAUGUAUGGACCUCUGAUGAUGAUAAUGUUUAUAAUGAUGCAUACUACAGAAGAUUGUCUUAGCAUUCAGAGGAUGGAAAUGAUAUAUAAUUAAAGAUCGUAUUCCUGAUUUUGUGUUUGUGUCUUGUGAAAGAGAAGUUUGGCUACAAUGCUUUUUUGCAGAUUAUAUUAUCAUUUGUAACUAUAGAUGUCUUUAAGCAUUAUGUCCGAAUUUUUUUGGUUCAGAUACUCACCUUAGAAGCAUU